UUGAUACGUCGAUAUUUGUUUAGCAACUACACUUUGUUUUUGAUAUUUCCCCUGGUAGACACGUGUGCUUAGCUGGUGACAGCGUUGUUAUCGGAGAACUGAUUCGGCUUAGAUAAUGUAUUACGAUACUUGAACGUAAAGAAGAGAAGGGAGACAGCUAGGUGUCAGCAUGGAAUCGCCAGGAGUAGACACUAUAGCGUGUCAUUUGUGUCGACAGACUUACAAGACACCGAAAUAUCUCCAAUGCCUUCACACCUUCUGUGAAACAUGCCUUGGAAAGUGGAUCGUCUCGAAAGUGACAAAGGGUACUAACAAAUCGUCUUUCAAAUGCCCCGUUUGUGACAUAGACACAGACCCUCCUUUAGGGUGGACUUUUAGUAAUAUUAUACAAUGGGCAAGUUUGUAUCCCGACGAUCGUCUGGUCCAGUCGUGUAUUGACCAAGAUCAGAUACGAAAAGGGUUAAGAAAGUGUGACUUAUGUAUGGUACGCUACAGUUCACGGAAUGCCGAGUAUUGGUGCAGGCAGUGUUCUGAGGCAUAUUGUGAAGCGUGUAAACCUGCACAUGGGUCUAUGAAGAAAACUAAACGACAUGAAGUUUUGCCCAUGCAUCAAAUCUCAAAGGACCUAUCAUUAGUCACUCAACAUGAAAUUUGUACGAAACAUCCUGACGAAGAAAUCCGAUUGUUUUGCGCCGACCACAACGCUUCUUGCUGUGCCGUAUGUUCAAUAGUAAUGCAUCGCAGGUGUGUAAACGUUGUUGAUAUACACGAUGCAGCAAAGUUAGUGCGAACAAAAAGAGAUUAUAUGGAUAAUGAAAAGCACCUACGGAAGGCUGCGAAAGAGUUGCAAGAAACUGAAGACGUUAUAAAUGAAAACAUUGCGGAGGUUACACAGAAACGUUUGCGAUUGGAGAAAGCAGCCGAAUCAUUUGUUAAUAGACUAUGUGAACGGAUGAAAAGUCUCCUUAACGACCACAAAACCAAAUUAAAUAACAUUCAUGGAAAAGCUUUGACAGGUUUAAAUGCAGCGAAAGAAGUAAACAUCGGGGAGCAAAGGUUUCUAGAGAACGUUUUAAAUCAUCUCGAUCAAACAUCGAUUUCAGAUGAACAAAUUUUCCUCCAUAUGAAAAAAGCAACGACAAAGCACAGAGAACUAACUGCUAUGAAGAAACAGGUUCCUGUAAAAACUUGGAGACAUAACAUUAAACCAAAUACAAAGGCCUUGAUGGACGCAUGUUUAAGUAUCGAAAGUAUUUGUGAUGUUUCUCUCACAGAAGGCACAAGAUCGGAAACUGAACUUGCACCUAUACAACAUCCGAUUUCGUGGACAAUAGAACAAGUGAAAAGAUGGUUCGUCGAAAGUCGGGUAUACGCAGCGGUACAAAACACUGCAUACUACCAUUCGGAUAACUGUAUAGUGACUGUUUGCAGUGACGACAGAAAGAUGUGUUCAUAUAAUGCUAUUGGAAGGCAGACGUCAGCUGUAGAACUAACACAUGAACCUUAUGCCGCGACUAUUCUUGGUUCUGAAAUCAUGGUGACUCUUCCAAAAGCAAAACACGUUGCUGUGUUUGAACUCACUUUGGAUGAAUUGAUCGGUAGUCGAAAGGAAGGUUUCGAACUACAAAAAGCAUGUUACGGAAUCACCGCAAUUUCACAAGAGGACAAUGUGGUUGUAGUGUGUGGCCAUAGCCUCAAGGUCAUGGACGCCAUCAUGGGUAUUAAAUGUGAUGAAAUACCCUUGGAUGAUGCAAAUUACCGCAAUGUCACUUCCGAUAGUACUGGACGGGUCUACGUCACUAAUCCGUUCAUACAUCGCGUUCUGUGUGUAGACCUGAAGUCUGGUCAUACCCUGUUUGAGUUUACAGAUUAUCCUAAACUUAAGUUUCCGAACGGUGUGGCUCUGGAUCCUUUGGGAAACGUGUAUGUGGUAGGAUGUCUCAGCAAGAACAUUGUUAAACUCACUAAGGACGGAAAAUUCAAGGACACCAUCCUGACUCUCAGCGAUGGACUUUAUCAUCCGAACUAUGUGGCAUUUAAAAAAGGCAGUUAUGAUUUCCUUGUUACGAAUGAUAUUGAUGUAUUUCUCUAUACAGUCAAAUGAAGAAAGGUCAAAUAGAGGACAGAAUGCUUUGGUUACAAAGAUGACAACUUUACACACACUUCAAAGGUGCAUUCCCUUUUCUAUAAGGGCAAAAAAUUGAUGGAAUCUUUUCCACGGGUGUGGUCAGAAAAAAAUGGUAAUAAAAGUAUCAAACAUGACUGUAAUCCGUGGACGACUCAAGGGUAAGAGUUUGGCUGUCCAGCAAUCUGCUUUAGGUUUCGCCGAGCGCUGGACUGCCAAACUAAUACGAAAGGGAGACCAAUAAGUCAGCAAAGUUACCUUCUAUAACACAUCUCGACCCCUACUAUUAUUUUAGAACGCGGAUCAAGUAAAUCAUGAAAAAGAUGAUACAGUAUAGCAAUUUUACAAACUUUGAUGAGACAUCGUUAUAUUUUUAAAAUGAACAAUGAACAUAAGUUUCAGGUGACUGGUGUUAUGUCUAGAUAAAAAAUGUGUCUUAUUUUACUGAUUUUUUGGGGAAAGACAAAAAAUGACAAAUACUACUUUUAUAACUUUUUAUGGCAAUAGUAUCAAGUAUAAUGUACGAAGUUGGUCUUUAUUCUUUCGAAAAAUAAUGGGAAUAUUGUAUAUCGUCCUGAUUUACUGUGUUGACCAAGGGAUAAAGCAUCAGGAAUAUAGUUGUAAAAUCGCCUGGAUUGCAGGAAACUCUUAUCCUACCGGAACAAUUAAUUCUGAUUCUGCUUUGUAUUUCGUUAUCAAGGCUCUUGAUUGCUUCCCUUUUGUGUUAAUUCAGGCUUUUAUACUCAAAUUUCUUCCGCUAUUGAACUAGCUAGUAUAUGCUCAAACCUUGUAAUGGCGCUAGCUAGCCAAACACCUGGGAGCCUGAUCGUCGUGCUAUUAAAUUUGUUACACCUGAAUGUUAGUAUUGUUUCUUAAAGAAUACUGAUAGACUUAUCAAUAAAAAAAUAUUUAUACAAAGUGGUGUUAGAUAAAUUGAAUUAUCGAGACCAUUUGAUGAUAGAAAAUAAGUUUAGAAAAAACAACAGCACCAUCAACUAAUCAACUUGUGGAGACUGUUAUAAAAUAUUCUGCCUCUUGGUUAUUAUUUAUACAACAUGAACAAUAAUAAGUACAUGAUAUUAAAUGUGUGGUCAUAGAUCAAAACAGUGCUAUUUAUAUAUAUAUAUAUAUAUAUAUAUAUAUCUCCAAGAUGGCAGACAUUUGUGAACAGGGGGGAUACUCUUAUUAAGCACUCUCCCUACUUUUAGUCUUUUUCUUCUCCACUGGGGUUGGGGGCUUAUUUGCAAAUAUGGUAUAUACGCAAAAACAUGAAUGAAAAUAAUUUCCGGGAUAUAGUAGUGUUCUAAAAAUG